AUGGAGGUUGGAAACCACACCGGUGUCACAGAGUUCAUCCUUUGGGGAUUAACAGGGGAUCCUACACUUCGUGUCAUCUUCUUUGUGAUAUUUCUAGGAAUCUACAUUGUCACCUUAAUAGGCAAUAUCAGCAUAAUCACCUUAAUAAGAAGCUGUUCCCAGCUUCACACCCCAAUGUACCUCUUCCUCAGCCAUUUGGCUUUUGUGGACAUCGGGUAUUCCACAUCAGUCACACCUAUGAUGCUUACAGGACUCCUUACACAUGGACUGGCCAUCCCUGUCACUGGCUGUGAAGCCCAGCUCUGUUCCGUGGUCAUGUCUGGGACAGCCGAGUGCUUCCUGCUGGCUGCCAUGGCCUAUGACCGCUAUGUGGCCAUCUGCUUGCCCCUGCUCUACUCCACCCACAUGUCCCCCAGAGUCUGUGUCCUCUUGGUGGGGGCUUCCUAUCUGGGUGGGGGUGUGAAUGCUUGGACAUUUACUAGUUGUUUACUGAGUCUGUCUUUCUGUGGGCCAAAUCAGAUAGACGACUUUUUCUGUGAUUUCUCCCCUUUGUUGAAACUUUCCUGCUCAGAUACCUCCACUGUUGAAAUUAUCCCUUCCAUCUCUUCAGGAUCCAUCAUCGUGGUCACAGUGUUUGUCAUAGCUCUCUCUUACACCUGCAUCCUCAUCACCGUCCUGAAGAUGCGCUCCACUGAAGGGCGACACAAGGCCUUCUCCACCUGCACCUCUCACCUCACCACCAUUACUCUCUACUAUGGAACUAUUACCUUCAUUUACGUGAUGCCCAAGUCCAGCUACUCAACUGACCAGAACAGAGUGGUGUCUGUCUUUUACACAGUGGUGAUCCCCAUGUUGAACCCCCUCAUCCACAGUCUGAGGAACAGAGAUGUAAAGGAAGCCCUGAGAAAGGCAACUGGUAGAAUAUAUUCUUAGGAUCCAUUCUUAGCAUUUCAGGUGACCUAUGAAGUGUUUGUUUAGCAGUAUCACACUUAGGACCUACCAAAUGUUGCUUGACUGACUGAUUAAAUUAAAAACAUACUUUUAACUCUUACUUUUAUACACUUGUAUACUAACUCG